UUGUUGAAGAGGAUAUAUUGAAAAUGGACACCAAUCCCAAUUCAGACACCCAUUUGAAGAAUACACGUGAACUAGAUAAUUUAUCAACAGAAUUUGGCAAAUUAUCAUUAGCUGGAGCUCAACAAAGUGAUACUAAAAUGAAGAGCUCUGAUAAAAUAAAAUUACCAACGCCGCAUAAUUUGAUUUUGCAUUCAAUGCUUAAACUUACUUUCACGGAAAAAAAUGAGACUUUUGAUUACAUCGACAAACAUCUGUAUUAUUUAAACCGUAAUAUUUACCAGUCAUUUUUAAAACUUAGAGUAAAAGUGUCUCUAAAGACCAAAUACGAGUUGGAAAUUCAUUUAGAAGCCUUUCAGACAUUUGUCAAUAACCAUGGUAGAUUCUUGGUUGGAUGCAAACAGUGGUGUGCUGUUGUGGACUAUGUUUUUAUAGCAUGGAAACAUGUUGACAAUAUACCAAUAAAUACAAUUUUGAAAUUACUAUGUGACACCAGCCAAGAUGACAUUGUGAAGAAUACACAAGAUCUGUUUUUCAAGUAUAUUUAUAGUACUGAUUUUCUGGAAUAA